AUGAAGUACAGUUGGAUUCCGAUACCUCCUCUCGAUGGAAUCAAGAGGAAAAGUCUAGCCGACCCUGUGGAAACUCCAGCUCACAGUGGCUGCUGUUUUGCCACAUACAAAAGAAACUUUGAGAGACUUGGCAUGUAUGACCCAGGGCUUGAACUUUGGGGUUGUGAAAAUAUGGAGCUCUCGUUUAAGGCAUGGAUGUGUGGGAGUCGGCUGGAGAUACUCCCAUGUUCACAUGUCGGCCACUUGUACAGAUCCCAUUUUCCGUACACCAUGGCAGGCAAAGCUUUUGUAUUUGAGAGAAACUGUCUCCGUGUGGCCGAGGUAUGGAUGGACCAAUAUAAAGUCUUUUAUCAUGACAGAGUUGAUAAUCUACAGGUUAGUCAUGUCUCUGUAACAGUAACCAGAUAA